UCGUUCUUGGCAAUCUUAGAAAGGGGGAAGAGCACAUUUUUAGGCUUGCAAGAACCAAAAAGACAUGUACUGGAGAAAUAGCGGUAGAUUGGAGUGAAUUAGUUUGAAUUGCAGAAUUUGCAUAAAUAAUCUUCAGAGCCAUUUGUGCGGAGUAACUAUCAAGCGUUUGGCAUCUUUAGUGGCCAGUAUACUUCAUGAAGCAGAUCAGGCUUCUGAUCCCUCUAUCUAACUUGGGUUUUCAUGGGUGAAUCUCUCCAGGAAUCUAAUGCUUGCAUACCAGAGCUUUGGUGUGGUGUAUGGAGACUUGAGCACCUCACCUCUGUAUGUUUUCAGAAGCAUCUUUGUAGGGAAGUUGCAGAAGCAUCAGAAUGAGGAAGCAAUAUUUGGUGCAUUUUCAUUGAUCUUUUGGACUCUUACAUUAAUUCCUUUGCUCAAAUAUGUGUUCAUUGUACUGAGUGCUGAUGAUAAUGGUGAAGGUGGGACAUUUGCUCUAUACUCGCUGCUUUGCAGGCAUGCAAAGCUUAGCUUACUUCCCAAUCAACAAGCAGCCGAUGAGGAGCUGUCUGCUUACAGAUAUGGCCCCUCAAGACAGGGCUUGUCAUCAUCUUUACCGCUCAAGAGAUUUCUUGAAAAGCAUAAAAAACUACGCACAGCUCUACUUAUUGUGGUGUUACUAGGGGCUGGUAUGGUGAUAGGUGAUGGCGUGAUUACUCCUGCAAUUUCAGUUUUAUCAUCAGUAUCAGGGCUUCAAGUUAAUCACCAUAUGUUGACUAAUGGUCAAGUGCUUCUGCUUUCCUGUGUCAUAUUGGUUGGCUUAUUUGCUUUGCAGCAUUAUGGAACUCACAGGGUAGCUUUUAUAUUUGCACCCAUUGUCAUUAUCUGGUUGAUAUCAAUUUUUGCCAUUGGCCUGUACAAUACCAUAUAUUGGAACCCCAAAAUCGUAUAUGCAUUUUCUCCGCAUUAUAUCAUCAAAUUUUUUCAUGAGACUGGUAAAGAUGGAUGGAUUUCACUUGGAGGGGUUCUUCUCGCUGUUACAGGUACUGAAGCAAUGUUUGCAGAUCUUGGCCACUUCACUGCCUUGUCAAUUAGGCUUGCUUUUGCUUUUGUGAUAUACCCCUGUUUAGUUGUACAAUACAUGGGCCAGGCUGCUUUCUUGUCUAAAAAGAUCACUGCCAUUCCUAACAGUUUCUAUGACUCAAUACCUGAGGCUGUAUAUUGGCCUGUCUUUGUUAUUGCCACUUUAGCAGCAAUUGUUGGAAGUCAGGCUAUAAUCAGUGCAACCUUCUCCAUUGUCAAGCAGUGCCAUGCCCUUGGUUGCUUUCCCAGGGUCAAGGUUGUGCACACCUCAAGACAUAUUUAUGGCCAAAUAUAUAUACCAGAAAUAAAUUGGAUCCUCAUGGUCAUUACUCUUGCUAUAGCUAUUGGUUUCCAGGAUACAACUUUGAUCGGAAAUGCUUAUGGCCUUGCUUGCAUGACAGUUAUGCUUAUCACAACAUGUCUCAUGGCACUUGUUCUAGUCUUCGUCUGGCAGAGAAGCAUUCUAUUAGCGGCCACAUUCCUUCUCUUUUUUGGGUUCAUCGAGGGUGUCUACCUGUCAUCUGCACUCAUGAAGGUUCCGCAGGGAGGUUGGGUCUCUCUUGUUCUUGCCUUCAUCUUUAUGAUGAUCAUGUUUGUCUGGCAAUAUGGAACUCGCAAGAAAUAUAACUUUGAUCUUCACAAUAAAGUUCCGUUGAGAUGGCUACUUGGGCUGGGUCCUAGCCUUGGUAUUGUCCGUGUACCAGGAAUAGGCCUCGUAUACUCGGAAUUGGCAACAGGAGUGCCUGCAAUCUUCUCUCACUUUGUAACCAAUCUCCCAGCAUUCCAUACUGUGCUGGUCUUUGUUUGUGUAAAAUCUGUUCCAGUGCCCUAUGUGUCACCUGAUGAACGGUUCCUUAUCGGCCGUAUUUGCCCGAGACCCUACAGGAUGUACCGGUGCAUUGUGAGGUAUGGUUAUAAAGACAUUCAACGGGAUGAUGGAGACUUUGAGAACCGGCUCAUCCAAAGUAUAGCAGAGUUCAUCCAGAUGGAAGCCGUGGAACCAACACUAUCGAGCUCUGACAGUGCAUCAUUUGAUGGGAGGAUGGCUGUUAUAAGCACCAGGCCCACUCAAUCAAGCUCAUGCCUACUGGUUUCUGAGCAAGAAAAUUAUAGCACCGGCAAUACUACCCGAAGCAUCAGGUCCCUAACUCUCCAGAGUUUGCGGUCUUCUUAUGAUGAUGAGAGCGCACAGAUGACAGGGCGCCACGUCAGGUUUCAUUUGCCACCAAACCCUGGGAUGGAUCCUGCAGUUAGAGAGGAGCUUUUAGAAUUGAUCCAGGCAAAGGAAGCAGGGGUUGCCUACAUAAUGGGGCAUUCAUAUGUGAAGGCAAGAAGAUCCUCAUCAUUUCUGAAGAAGCUUGUUAUUGACAUUGGAUAUUCGUUUCUCCGAAAGAACUGCAGAGGCCCUUCUGUGGCACUUAACAUUCCCCACAUUAGCCUUAUUGAAGUUGGCAUGACGUAUUAUGUCUAGUGGUGUAACUGGUCUCCUUCAAAUUCUUCUCUCUCUCUCUCUCUCUCUCUCUCUCUCUCUCUCUCUUAGCAUGGGUGUUGAAUCCUGGAAAGACACCAAGUAAAUUGUGUAGACGCUUACUCGCCCGUGGGCAAAUGCAUAGAGAGAUUUCGGGUCCGCAAAGGGGGUUCCAUUUUCGUAUGCAUAUUGUACAUAAUAAGAUUUUAUGGCAUCACCUCCUCUGCGUUGUCUAGGCUUUUGUUUCAAACAACAAUGGAAGAAUUUGUGGUUUUCUGCUUUUGCGCUACUGAAUUUACCAUCUGUCUUCUUUAUUGGCUA